AUGACACGUCAAGAAAACGAAGCAAGCUCCAAGGCCAGCAUUCACAGCAAAGCUUCUGCCAUCAAUCUCGAAACCGUUUCAAGUUCAGCAAAUGGAGCCAGCGUCGAGCUUGACGAGGAGACCAAGAGAAAGUUGCUUCGAAAGAUUGACCGAAAACUGAUGCCUGUCCUCUGCUUCACCUACGCGCUACAAUACUACGACAAGGCCAUCCUCAGUCAGGCUGCCAUCUUCGGCUUACGAGAGGACCUGAAACUCACUACUGGCAUCCGGUACUCUUGGGUUUCUCUUAUCUUCUACUUCGGAUACAUCGCCGGUACUUAUCCUGCCUCAUUUCUCGCCCAACGAUACCCAAUUCGAAUUGUCUGCACCGCUAUCUGCAUUAUAUGGUCUUUUGUCAUCCUUUGUACGCCGGCAUGUUCUUCCUAUACCGGAAUUCUCAUCAAUCGCUUUAUGCUUGGUCUUGUCGAGGCAGGCGUAUCACCCAUCUUCAUGCUCGUUGUAGGCCUCUGGUACACCCACUCGGAGCAGGUUUCAAGAUCUAGUUGGUGGUACUCCUGCAGCGGUGGAUCUCUGCUUAUCUCACCCUUGAUCAAUUACGGGCUUGGCCAUAUCAAGGGAGGCGUUCUCAACUCCUGGCAGUGGAUGUACCUUAUUGCCGGACUCGCUACUCUGGCUUGGGGUAUUGCCCUUUGGUGGCUGUUCCCCGAUAGCCCCCAGCAUGCUAAGGGCUUUACAGAAGCCGAGCGCCAUCUUCUCCUUGAGCGAGUGCGAGAAAACAAUGCCGGGACUGAGGAUAAGCAUUUCAAGUCCUACCAGUUCUGGGAGGCCUUAUUUGACUAUCGGCUUUGGGGAAUCAUGAUUCUAUCUAUUGUGUCCUGCACAGGCUCCGGUGCUGUCACAACUUUUGGAACUAUUGUCUUUAAGGAUAUGGGAUUUGACGUUUUUACGUCGCUGUUGCUUAACCUACCUAUUGGAGCCCUCGCUUUCAUCUGUGUUCUCGGUUCAGGCUACAUUGGUAGGAAGGUCCCCAACUCAAGGUUGUUCGUAGUCGCCGGAGCAUGCCUUCCUGUUAUUCUCGGUUGUUCCUUAAUAUGGCAACUUCCAGACUCCAACAAAGCAGGACGCAUCAUCGGCUUCUAUCUUGUCAACUUCUUUUCCUCAGCCUGGGUUCAGUGCAUCGGCUUGGGGACUUCCAAUGUUGCUGGACAUACUAAGAAAGCUGUCUAUGCUGCUUCGACCUUUAUUGGAUACUGUCUUGGAAACAUCAUCGGUCCUCUCAUGUUUGACGCGUAA